ACUGAAGACGCCAUUUUGUCAGCCAUUUCCUACACUGAUCCGUUGCCAGCGUCUCUGCACAGCACAGGACGCCCCGUCCGGCCUCAGCUUCCUCUGCCCGGGCUUGGUAAACAGCAGCAGACCCCCCCCCCCCCCCCCCCCCCGCCCCCCAUGCACUAACGGUACCCGGGUGGAUGAGAGACAGUCUCGAGGCUCGGUCGGCACCCACUAGACCUCUGGAAGGCUCUUCGGCCCCGCAGGACUCAAGCGGCAGCUUACAAGUCGCAGGCGAACAUGGCUUUGAAGAUUGUCAAAGGGAGCAUCGAUCGGAUGUUCGAUAAAAACCUUCAGGAUUUAGUACGUGGCAUAAGGAACCACAAGGAAGACGAGGCCAAGUACAUCUCCACAUGCAUCGAUGAGAUCAAACAGGAGCUCAAGCAGGACAACAUCGCUGUCAAAGCUAAUGCUGUGUGCAAGCUCACCUACCUCCAGAUGCUGGGCUAUGAUGUCAGCUGGGCCGCUUUCAACAUCGUUGAAGUUAUGAGCUCUUCCAAGUUCACAUACAAGAGGAUUGGCUACCUGGCGGCCUCACAGUGCUUUCACGAGAGCACUGAUGUCAUCAUGCUGACAACCAAUCAGAUCCGAAAGGAUCUCAGCAGUCCCAACCAGUAUGACACAGGUGUGGCCCUCACCGGCCUCUCUUGUUUUGUGACUCCUGACCUGGCUCGGGACCUGGCCAAUGACAUCAUGACACUGAUGUCUCACACUAAACCCUACAUCAGAAAGAAAGCGGUGCUGAUCAUGUACAAGGUGUUUCUGAAGUACCCAGAGUCCCUGCGACCCGCUUUCCCCAGGCUCAAGGAGAAACUGGAGGACCCAGACCCAGGUGUCCAGUCUGCAGCAGUAAAUGUUAUCUGUGAGCUGGCUCGGAGAAAUCCCAAGAACUACUUGUCUCUGGCCCCGCUCUUCUUCAAACUCAUGACCUCUUCUACUAAUAACUGGGUUCUCAUUAAGAUCAUCAAGCUGUUCGGUGCGCUCACUCCUCUGGAGCCACGGUUGGGGAAGAAGCUGAUCGAACCUCUGACCAACCUAAUCCACAGUACCUCUGCCAUGUCUCUGCUGUAUGAAUGUGUCAACACUGUGAUUGCAGUGUUGAUUUCCUUGUCCUCUGGGAUGCCUAACCACAGUGCUAGUAUCCAGCUCUGUGUGCAGAAACUGCGAAUCCUGAUCGAAGACUCGGACCAGAACUUGAAGUACCUGGGCCUGCUGGCCAUGUCAAAGAUCCUAAAGACUCACCCCAAGUCAGUGCAGUCUCAUAAAGACCUCAUCCUCCAGUGUCUGGAUGACAAGGACGAGUCCAUCCGCCUGAGAGCUCUGGACCUGCUCUAUGGCAUGGUAUCCAAAAAGAACUUAAUGGAGAUUGUAAAGAAGCUGAUGCUGCAUGUGGACAAAGCCGAAGGAACCACCUACAGAGACGAGCUGCUCACCAAGAUCAUAGACAUCUGCAGCCAGAGCAACUACCAGUAUAUCACCAACUUUGAAUGGUACAUCAGCAUCCUGGUGGAGCUGACUCGGUUAGAGGGCACACGCCACGGCCACCUCAUUGCUUCUCAGAUGCUGGAUGUGGCUAUUCGGGUCAAAGCCAUCCGGGUCUUUGCCGUGGCCCAGAUGGCCACUCUGCUGGACAACGCCCACCUGAUGACGGGCAACGUGCAGCGGAAGGGCAUCUGUGAGGUGUUGUACGCAGCAGCCUGGAUCUGCGGCGAGUUCUCUGAACACCUCGAGAACCCGAUGCAGACGCUAGAGGCCAUGCUGCGGCCCAAGGUGGCCACCCUACCGGGCCACAUCCAGGCAGUGUACGUUCAGAACGCAGCCAAGCUGUUUGCCACUUUGCUGAAGAACCAGGAGGGGAACACGGACCGCACGGCAGCACAGGAAACCAGUCAGCUGAUGAUAGACAGGCUGCCGCUGUUUGUCCAGAGCGCCAACCUGGAGGUGCAGGAGAGGGCGUCUUGCAUCCUGCAGCUGGUCAAGUACAUCCAGAAACUGCAACAGAAGGACGUAGAAGUAGCGGAGGAAGUCAUUGCUCUGUUCGCUGGAGAACUCAACCCUGUCGCCCCCAAAGCACAGAAAAAAGUGCCUGUUCCUGAAGGUCUGGACUUGGAUGCCUGGAUCAACGAGCCUCCAUCUGAGAGUGAGUCUGAGGACGAGCAGCCCAAGGCUAUUUUUGCCAAGGAGGAGCCCAAACACUCCCGCGCCCGUCACACAGAGGUGGACGAGAAGGAGCUGGCAAAGAGGAGAGAAGCCAGAAAGCAGGAGCAAGCCAACAACCCGUUCUACAUCAAAGCCUCCCCAUCCUCUCAGAAGGUGUACCAGGAGGCUCCAGGCGUGGAGCACAUUCCAGUCGUGCAGAUUGACCUCAGUGUGCCUCUCAAAGUCCCAGGUCUGCCUAUGUCUGACCAGUACGUGAAACUGGAGGAGGAGCGUCGUCAGAAAGAGAGAGUAGAGAAGAAGAAGAAGGAGAAGAAGAAGCGGAAAGAAAAGCGCGGCGGACGAGGGAAGAAACAUGAUUCAGGCCCUGAGAGCGAGGAGGACAUCACGCCUGCGCACAUGGUCGACAUUGUUACCGAGGAGAUGCCAGAGAAUGCCUUACCCAGUGAUGAUGAUGACAAGGACCCCAAUGACCCUCACAAAGCCCUGGACAUCGACCUUGACAACUUGGUGGAGAUGGCUGGGCGCAGGCCACUUGCCGACAGUGAGAAGCUGCCAGUCAGGUCACAUCGUGCAGCCGAGGCUCUCAAAAGUCCAGCUGAAGAUGGCGAUGCAGAGAGUCCCGCUUCACAGGAGCCCAAGAAGAAGAGCAGCAAAGAAAAGAGAGAGAAGAAGAAGGACAAAGACGGGGAUAGAAAGAAAAGCAAAGAUGAUAAAAAGAAGAAGAAGAAACACAAACGUGAAGAAAAGGGGGAGGAUCUGUUCGGGGGUCAGGCAGACGAGCCUGUGGUCCAAUCGGAAGAAAUCAGUGAGGUGGCUGCACCACCCGCCUCCAACGCUGCUGAGGUUUCAGAUCUGGAUUUCUGGCUCUCAAACGCUCCAGUGCCCUCUAACGCCCAGGAAGCAGCCACCUUAGCAGCAGAAGCAGCCCCCGUGCCUGAGAAGGCCUCUGGCACGGCACCAGACUCAGAGCCUGAUGAGCCAGAGGAGACUGAUAAGAAGUCCUCCAAACACAAGAAGAAGAAGCAGAAAAGGGAGAAGGAGGAGAAGGAGAAGAAAAAGAAGAAGAAGCAUCAUCACCAUCAUCACCACAGUGACGGUGGUGGCGAGGAGUCGGUGCAGAAUGGCACCGUGGAAGAGGAAGAGCCUCUGCCGCCCAUGUCCAAUUACUGCCUGCUGGCUGAGAACUCCUACAUAAAGAUGGAAAUUGACAUCCAGGGAAACCUGCAGGAUGGCAGUCAGGUUGUGGUAUCUGUUAUAUUUGAAAACAAGUGUGACAACUUCCUCAAAACCAUGGAGUUCAACGUCCUGGACUCUCUCAACUCCAAGCUGCAGAGGCCAGAGGGGUCGGGUCCACAUGAUGGCCUCAGCGUCCCCUUCCAGCUUCCACCUGGGGUGUCCAAUGAGGCGCGAUUUGUCUUCACCAUGCAGAGCAUCGUAAUGCCACAGAAACUGAAGGGGACCCUCACCUUCAUCAUAAAGAAUGAGGACUCCUCCACUCACGAGAAACUGGACUUCAAACUGCACUUUACCUGCUCAUCCUACCUAAUCACUACUCCUUGCUACAGUGAUGCGUUUGCAAAGCUGCUUGAGUCGGGUGACCUGAAGUGCAGCUCUGUCAGACUGGAGGGAGUCAACAUGCCCUUCCACCACCUACUGGCCAGGAUCUGCUUCCACCACCAUUUCUCUGUUGUGGAGAGGAUCGACUCCUGUGCCUCCAUGUACAGCAGGUCCAUCCAGGGCCACCACGUCUGUCUACUGGUCAAAACUUCUGGUCAGACAGUGUCCAUUGACGCUAAAUGUGACGAGCCGACGCUGCUUGGGAAUGUGCUGGAUGAGAUCAAGCAGACCUUCUCUCAGUGCUGAUUGUGUCCGACAGCCCCAGGGUGCCGCUGACCCCUCCAUGCCACCCCCUCCCUCACAACAUAAUCAUGUUACGAAACACUGCGGCUGGCACUUCCAGUAUUGCCCUAUUUAUUAGUCCUCAGAUUCUCAAGAUUUCUAUCCCCUUACCUUCUUCUUCAGUGUCCCACACUCUGUUAUUCCGCUGAGCUCUGUGGUCACUCCCCGACACUUGAUGUUGUUUGACAGACUCGCUGUGUACAUGCGCCGUCUUCUCUGCAAAGCACUUUCAUCUUCACGUCUGUUUUUUUUUUAAACUCCCAACAGCCACCCUGUCGUGUCGUCCCCCCCCCGACUCGGACUCCAUAAUGUGCAUCCUCCGCUCUCUCCUGUGUACCUCCGCCCUUCACUUUGUCCCCACAAUUCAGUCUGUGACAGUUGUGUAAUGUUUGACAACUGGACUUUUGCUGUUGAUGGUUGAAUUGUGAUUUUACUGUUUUGAAGGUUUAUUUUGUUGUU